AUGGACGCAACCCGAAACACACACAGUAUGCCAAUAGCCAAUUCCCGAUUAGCCCCGCGUUUUUCAGGUAACCCGUAUGAAGUUCUAGACUUCUUGAACACAGUAGACCAGCUCAGACAACACGCUGAUUUACCCGAAAAUAUUCGGAUUAAGUAUGCCUUGAAGUAUAUGGACUACAAUGAAAGAGAACUAUGGCAAACUUGCGAAGAAUGCACUGGUAACAACUACGAAGAUUUUGCUAACACGAUUUUGGACUUGUACCCAGAAAUAGGCCGACGAUAUGUCCGACCCGAAAGUCCGGACCCGAUGUCCGACCCAAUGCACAGUUCCCAAGAACCAGAAGCAUCCAAAGUUCAAGAGAAGAUCUCCGAAUCUGCAACCAUCUCUGAAACCCACACCAAAUCUGAAGAACUUGAAGUAUCUGAAGCAGUAUACUCCAUUGUAGUUUCUGCCAACCCGAUUUUCGGGUCUGAUGCACCCGAAAUUUCGGACAUGAUCUUCGGACAUAUCAAUUCAGCUUCGGAAAAUUCAGAGACCUUUGUUGAGACCGUUGAAACUAAUGUACUGACAUCCGAAACACAGAGUAUAGAGCUAAAGCUCCUAGGACACGAUAUACCCGAAAAUUUCGGAUCAGAUCAUUCAGAAAUCAGAGAUAUUGACAUUGGAGCUUCAGAUUAUGAACUUGGACAAGUAGUAUGUCAAUCGGACAUCACUGACAAUUUUGUUCUUGCAGCAAUUGCCACUUUAGCAUUCACAGGUUAUGUUUAUUUUUGUAGGAUCAUAUCGCACCAGUCAGGAAAAGAAACACCCCAGUCACCAUCCGAAACCCCUGAAAGACCUCCCCAAAGCAAUCCGAAGAUAUCCGACAAUUUUCUGAAAGUAUAUGCUACAGUUUCACUAACCCGAUGUUUUUCAUACCAGGUCCGAAAAUUCCGUCACAAGUAUCCCGUCAAUCGCUCCUACCAGUAUUGCCGACCCUCGCACUCCCGGAUCGCAUUUGACCUAUACGAAAGCCGAUGA